CUCUUGUUUCCACGCGUUUCGCUAGCAAAAUGGGGGCUGCUUGCACCCAUCCCACGAACUCCAAAGAUGCUGAGCUUUCAGUUGAGGACUCGCUCGAAGACCUUUCAAACACUGUACCUGUGGUCUCACCGCAGAUGGCAAGCCCGUCGUUGAAGCCGCGACCAAAGCAAAAGGUUGUGCGGCCAGAGGGGUCUGUUCUGCCGCUGCAGAAGGUGGGCAUGAAGUCUCCCUGGGCGUCAGCGAGUCGAAUUGCUUCAGUUGCUGCACUUCAGCGAAUGCUGGCUCCCAGGAGCAGCGGCAGGCCUGACUUCAACGGGAUGUGGUCUUGCUUCGAAAUUGUUGGCGACAUGGACGCUCUACUUGUGUCAUUGGAAGUGGGCUGGGUCAAGCGUUGUGCAGCUUCUGCAAUCAACUAUGGUGCAGGCUAUGUGAGCCGCAGAAUCUUGCAGAACAAUGAUGAGAUUGAAAUGGAGGUGAUCGGGACACCAAGUGAUUUCGUGCAGAGCUUCAAUGUGGGAAGUGGCUGGCAAACGGUUUCUGGACCUGACAAUGCCCUUCGCAUCAAUCCUUACUGGGAGAACUCCAGUCUUCUGCGGAUAGAUCAGACCGAGUUAAACGGCUCUUGUCCAGUGAUUCUAAGACACGAGCUUCAUGACUUUGGUCUUUUGAUCUCCAUGACUGCUGCAGAUGGCGUCUCUGCAAGCUGGAGAUUUCGGAAGUGAGCUCGGGCUCCUGGGCCAAAGAGCAAAGCCAAAGAAUCACAAAGAAUCAUAAAGAGAGCAAAAUCUUUGUUCUUUUUUUGUUCUUUUUCUUCUUUACUUUUGAACUCCUUCCAGCCGAGCCGUAAAGCGCUUGGCUGAAACUGCAUGUGUGCUAAUGGUGUAAAGAUGUGUAGAGGAUCCAUUGAAUUCCCAUAGGUUUAGGAUGUUUAGGACCUAUGGUACUCUGCGCUCCACCGUGAAACGGUCUUGGACUGCAUUGCUAGUCAGGAUAUUUGUUGCGUGCGCCAUGUUGGUAUGAAUAGACGUGUACAGGAGCACGCUGAGGAAUGCCAGUGGAAUCGAAUUUCUGUGUUUUCCAGCAAACUCUUCCACAUUUGCGGAAGCGGUCAGAUGCACGAGACCUGUGGAAAGCAUACGUGUUGCAA